CUUCAAAAAUAUCCCUUUACGCAUGCGCGCUCUGUCACUGUGGUUCGACCUCUGCAGUCGAGAGACCCGGGCUUCAACCAGACUUGACUGAUCCGGAUAAAAAACUACUUGAAGUAGAAAAUGUACGCCUGUGCAAAGUUUCUUUCCUCGCCGGCUCUGGUCCGUGCUGGUUCCCGGGCUCUUUAUAGACCCCUGUCUGCCUCUGUGCUGUCCAGGCCUGAGGUCAAAACAGAGAGCACUGUAGCUCUGAUGCCACAGAGCCCCCUGACUCAGGUCACACUGAGGGGCUUCCAGACGAGCGCGGUGAGCCGGGACAUUGACACCGCAGCCAAGUUUAUCGGCGCCGGAGCCGCCACUGUUGGUGUAGCAGGAUCUGGAGCUGGAAUUGGGACCGUGUUCGGCAGUCUGAUUAUUGGCUACGCUAGGAACCCAUCCCUGAAGCAGCAGCUGUUCUCCUAUGCCAUCCUGGGAUUUGCUCUGUCUGAAGCCAUGGGACUGUUCUGUUUGAUGGUUGCUUUCCUGAUCCUGUUUGCUAUGUAAAACACUGCUGUCCAACUUUCAUUACAGAUGUGACUACACUUCGUGGCUUCCUAAAUUUGUUCCGUGUCGAGAAAAUGUACAUUUUCAAAGUCGUUCGGGCACUGUCAGAAUAAGCUAAAACAUGUAUUGUACAAAUGUAUGAAAUUACGAGAUUAAAAUACAUGUUUUGCCUA